AUGACAACAGAAUCAAAUUGGACAGUAGAAAAUUCCAUACCACAAAAUAUUAAAACUCUUUUAACCCCUGCAAACUCUAAAUCAUCAGAUAUAAAUUAUGUUUUAAUUUUCUUACAAAUUGUUAGUUUAUUAAAAUCACAAAGAAGAACAGGUUGGGUUGAUCAUGGUAUUCCAGAUUGUGAAUCAAUUUCAGAUCAUAUGUAUCGUAUGGGUAUAACAUCAAUGUUAAUAACAAAUCCUGAAGUUGAUACCAGUGCAUGUGUUAAGAUUUCACUUGUUCAUGAUAUUGCAGAAUCUUUGGUUGGUGAUAUUACACCAUUUGAUGGAGUUACCAAAGAGGAAAAACAUCGUAGAGAAUUUGAAACAAUUAAAUAUCUUAGUGAAUUAAUUGGGAAGUAUAACCAGGCUAAGGGGAAAGAAAUUUUGGAAUAUUGGUUAGAUUAUGAAGAAAUUAGAACCUUGGAGGCAAGAUAUGUUAAAGAUAUUGAUAAAUUUGAAAUGUUAUUACAAAGUUUUGAAUAUGAAACCAAAUUCAAAGGUGAGAAGAAAUUAGAUCAAUUUUGGGGUGCAAGAUCAAGUAUCAAGACUGAUGAAAUUAAAUCAUGGACUGAUGAAUUGUUUAAUAAAAGAGAAGAGUUUUGGAAAUCAAUUGAAAAGAAAUAA